AUGGGUCAUUUGAUGAUUUUAGCAACAUGUUCUCUUAAUCAAUGGGCUUUGGACUUUGAAGGCAAUUUAGAGCGUAUUUUAGAGAGUAUUCGCGUCGCUAAACAGAGAGGCGCGACGCUUCGCGUUGGACCAGAACUUGAAAUAACUGGAUACGGGUGUUUUGAUCAUUUCCUCGAAGGAGACACAUAUUUACAUUCCUGGGAAAUGUUAGGCAAAAUUUUGGAAUUUGAAGAAGCUAAAGAUAUGCUACUUGAUAUUGGAAUGCCAGUGUCUCAUAAAAAUGUUAAAUACAAUUGUCGUGUUAUAAUCCAUAAUUGUAAAAUAUUACUGAUUCGGCCAAAAAUGUUUUUGGCUAACGAUGGUAAUUAUCGUGAAAUGAGAUAUUUCACUGCUUGGUCGCCAGCUCGUUACGUUGAGGAUUAUUAUCUUCCAAGGAUUAUUAGGAAUAUUACAGGACAAACUGUAGUCCCUAUUGGCGAUGCGGUAGUCUCUACUAUUGACACUUGUAUUGGAGUGGAAUUGUGUGAAGAGCUUUUUACACCUAAUAGUCCUCAUAUUAGCAUGGGCUUGGAUGGCGUAGAAAUUAUCACCAAUAGUAGUGGUAGUCAUCAUGAAUUACGUAAACUUUACAGGCGUAUUGAUUUAAUUAAAGAAGCAACAUUGAAGAGUGGAGGAGUUUACCUCUAUUCUAAUCAACAAGGUUGUGAUGGCGAUCGGUUAUAUUACGAUGGAUGUGCAUUGAUUGCAAUCAAUGGUCAAAUCAUUGCUCAAGGAUCACAAUUUUCCCUUAAGGACGUGGAAGUUAUCACUGCGACCAUUGAUAUAGAAGAUGUUCGUUCACAUCGUGGAAUGAGCAGUAGAGGAAUUCAGGCCGUUAAUGCGAACUCAUACCAUCCUUGCUGGCUUUGGGAUUAUCUCCGCCGAUCAAAGACUAGCGGUUAUUUUUUGCCCCUUAGUGGAGGAGUGGAUAGUUGCGCUACAGCAGUUAUUGUGCAUUCUAUGUGCCGUCUUGUUGUUGAAGCUGCAUCGAAUGGAGAUACUCAAGUCAUUAUGGAUAUGAGGAAGAUUAUCGGCGAAAAAGAAGAUUCAGACUACAUUCCGACAGACCCUAAAGAAUUCGCAAAUCGUAUUUUUCACACAUGCUAUAUGGGCACAGUGAAUUCAAGUAAGGAGACUCGAGAACGGGCAAAAAAACUUGCUAAUAAUAUAGGCUGUUAUCAUAUUGAUAUGAACAUGGAUAGCAUUGUUUCAUCCGUAUGUACUGUAUUUAAUUUGGUUACAAAUAAGGCACCACGAUUUCGAAUCGAUGGUGGUACGGAUGCAGAGAAUUUGGCGCUUCAAAAUGUACAGGCUCGAUUAAGAAUGGUGCUUUCUUAUUUAUUUGCACAACUUUUACCUUGGGUGAGGAACAAAACCGGAUCAUUACUUGUCCUUGGUAGUUCUAAUGUAGAUGAAUGCGCGGAUAUAAACCCAAUUGGCGCUAUUAGCAAAAAUGAUUUGCGUAAAUUUAUCGAUUACGCAAAAAACGAAUUCGGAAUUCCGAUACUUGAUGAGUUUCUUAAAGCAACACCGACAGCAGAACUUGAACCAUUCACCCAUGAAUAUAUUCAAUCCGAUGAGAAUAGAUUCCAUUUAAUGAAUCAUGUGUCUUAUAAUCCCGUUCCUGUAAAAUUGAUUUCGGAAAACCAACAAUUACAGGCUGAUAUGGGAAUGACAUAUGAUGAAUUGUCUAUCUUUGGUAAAUUACGCAAGAUCGAACGUUGUGGGCCAUUUUCAAUGUUUUCAAAACUUGUCCAUGAGUGGGGAAGAGAACUAAGGCCUGAAGAGAUUGCAUCAAAAGUCAAACGUUUCUUCUACUAUUAUUCUAUAAAUCGGCAUAAAAUGACUACACUUACACCUUCAUACCAUGCUGAAGCGUAUAGUCCUGAUGAUAAUAGAUUCGAUUUAAGGCCGUUUUUAUACAACACAACUUGGAGUUGGCAAUUUAAAAAGAUUGAUGCACUUUCUCACAAUAUGGAAAAAUAA